UUUUGUACUGUUUACUGGUAUGGAUAAUCAUAGGAAAUGUGUUACGAUUGGAGCUGGGAUGAUUGCAAAAGAAAAUAUUGAAUCAUUUACAUUUCUGCUAGAAAUUUUUCUGAAAGCAUUCAAAAAACAACCAAACAUAAUUGUUACGGAUCAAGAUCCGGCAAUGAAGGUUGCUGUGUCAAAAGUAUUCACUGAAUCAAAACAUAGACUUUGCACAUGGCACAUUACAAACAAACUUCCAACAAAGGUUUGUGGAGAUGUAGAAAACAAUGCUGAGUUUAAAAGUAAGUUUCAUAAACUUGUUUGGAGUAUUUAUACUAGACCUGAACAAUUUGAGAAGAGAUGGAGAGAGUUGAUGGAAGAUACAAUCUUUUGGGAAAUAAAUGGCUGUCAGAUAUGUAUGAAAUUCGACAUCGAUGGAUUCCAUCUUAUUUUAAAGAUGUUGAAUUUUGUGGAUUGAUGAGAACAACUUCAAGAUCAGAAAGUGAGAAUUCAUUUUUCAACAGUUUUACUCACUAUGGAGAUACGUUGAUACAAUUUAUGUUUUCAUUUAGUGCUGCUAUGGACAAACAACGAUAUAUACAAGAAACGCUAGAUCAUCAAACAAAAAACACAACUCCAAAGUAUAAAACUCCUUUGAAUAUUGAAAAGCAUGCUGCAAAAUUAUAUACUAGAACAAUAUUUAGAUUGAUUCAAGUUGAAAUCGACGAAUCUGUUUGGAGAUGUUCUCAUAAUGUUGUGAAUUCUGAAGGAGUAAUUGAAACUACAAUCGUAAAAGAAAAGAGAAAAAGUCAACCUGUUGAAGAUGACUUAGUGCCUUUGCAGAUGUAUAACACUGAACCAAUACAUGAAUUCAAGGUUACCCGUAAUACAGAAGAUGGAAAUAUUGAAUGUUCAUGUCAAAUGUUUUUGAGACUUGGAAUACUAUGCAAACAUAUAUUCCAUGUUUUAAAUAACUGUGAUAUUGAAGAAAUUCCUGAAAAGUAUAUAUGCAAACGUUGGACGAAGGACUUGAUUCCUGCAGAUGUAAGGCAAAAAAAAGUUCUUCACAGUGAAACAGAUAAUGAAGUUGAAGAAAUGGCUAACAAAGCAAUAUCUUCGGUUGAUUAUUGUUUAAGGGCUUUGACGAAUAAUAAAGCUGAACUUAAAGAGUUCAUGGAAAAAAUAGAGGAUAUGAGAACAGAAAUAGAAGCUAAAGAGCUAAAUCAAGAAAAAUUACCGAAGGAAGCUAGGUAUGAAUCAAUGCUUGGAGUACGUGUUAGAGAACAAAAUGAAAUUCAAAAUCCAACUGGAAUUAGAAACAAAGGUUCUGGUACAGGCAAAAGAUUAAAGGGUCCAGGCGAGAAGGCUAUUGAAUAGAAAAAGAGGACCAUACGAAGGUGCAAUUUAUGUGGAAUUUACACAGAUACACAUGAUAGUAGAAAUUGUAGAAAGUAUCAUGAGGAAUUAGAAAGACAGGCCGAAGAAAACAAGAACAAAGAAAAAGGAAAUUAGGAAUGUGAAGAAAGCAAGAAAAGAAAUGGUCGUUUAUUUUGUAAAUCAUGGAUCUUUAAUCUUUAAUGAUGGUUUAAUGUAGUGACUUGGAGAUUAUUAUGGUUUAAAUACUAUGACUUUUUUUAAGUUC